AUGGCUGACCAGCGCCCCAAAGACGCCGCGUUCCUGCCCCAGGCCUGGCAGCCGGGCCUCCAACGCCUGGCCAAAUCGUUCAGCCGGGAGAAGCUGGCCCCCCUGGCCCGUGUCAGCGACACCCUGUCGGACGUGAAGCGCAACGGGGAGCACCUCAUGCUGACCGCGCAGUCCCAGGUGGCCAAGCUGAACGAGAACACCGCUCGCCUGGCGGGGGACCUGUCCGUCCUCGCCAGCCGCGGGGAGGGCCGGCCCUCCCGCCUGGGGGGUCUCCGCAAGUCGUCUAGCGAGGCCAACUUGCAGCGGGCGGGGCAUGGCAGCUCCCGCAGCGCCCGACAGAGUUCUCGCCUGGGGAGCGGGUGGCCCAUCCCACGCAGGCGCACCACGCAUGCGAGCGAUGCAGAGGCCCUGAAGGCCCAGGACAGCCGGCCGCGUUCGCUGGACGACCUGCUGGCCUCGCCGCUGCAGAACGCGCAGGAGACGCUGGGCCACUGCCAGAAGAACCUGGCCACGCUAGGCGAGGCCCUGGCCGAGCACAAGGCCACGCUGGAGACGCGGCUGGCCACCUUUGCCCGCGAGCGCGCGGCCGCCCUGCCGUGGAUGACGGGGACGGCGGUGAACCCGCUGCUGCGCGCGGCCUACCUGGCGCGCGACGCGAGCCGGGCGGUGACGCUGAUGGUGCCCUGGCUGGCCCCUGCGGACCAGGCCCGCGUCUUCCCCGGCGACCUCUCCUUCGACUCCCCCGCGGCGCAGGAGGCGUGGGUGCGCGCCUGGGUGCGCAAGCGCACCGGCUUCGACUCCGACUUCCGGCUGACCUUCUACCCCGCGCGCUACGCGCCCGAGAAGUGCAGCAUCCUCCCCGUGGGCGACCCCACGCGCUACGUCCCCGACCACGAGGCCGACGUGGCGGUGCUGGAGGAGCCGGAGCACCUCAACUGGUACCACCACGGCGCGCGCUGGAGCGACAAGUUCCGCCACGUCGUCGGCGUCAUGCACACCAACUACCUGGACUACGCGCGCAGGGAGGAGCACGGCUGGGCCAAGGAGCUGGUGCUGAAGCACGUCAACCGCCUGGUCUGCCGCGCGCACUGCCACAAGGUGGUCAAGCUGAGCGACGCGGUGCAGUCGCUGCCGCGUGAGGUCACCGAGUUCGUGCACGGCGUGCCCGACGCCUUCCUGGCGGUGGUGUGGGGCAAGGGCUACACCGAGCUGCUGGACCUGGUGUCCCAGGCGGGGCCCGCGCUGGAGGGCGCGCCGCUGGACUGCUACGGCACGGGCGAGGAUGCGGAGGAGGUGGCGGCCCGCGCCGCGAAGCAGGGCCUGCCCCUGGCCUUCCACGGCGCGCGGGACCACUUGGACCCCUCCAUCCACGACUACCGCUGCUUCGUCAACCCCAGCACCUCGGACGUGGUGGCCACCACCACCGCCGAGGCGCUGGCCAUGGGCAAGUGGGUGGUCUGCGCCGACCUGCCCUGCAACGCCUUCUUCACCCAGUUCAAAAAUUGCCUCAUCUACAGAACCCCUGACGAGUUUGCGCGGCAUGUGCGGCACGCAAUGACCCAGGACCCGGCCCCCCUGCCCGAGGAGGACGCGCGUCGGCUGAGCUGGGAGGCCGCCACCGAGCGCUUCCUGGACGUGAGCGAGCUGCGGGAGGAGGACCUGGCGCGGCGCCCGCUGGACUCGGCCCUGGACCGCCUGGCCUACGCGGCGCACAACAGCCUGACCGGCCGCCUGGACGACUACGACCCCGCGCUGUCCCUGCGCGGCGGCAUCUUCGACUCCAAGAAGCGGGCGGGGGGGAGGGCGGAGGCCGUGACGCGGGCGUCAGCCUGA